AUGAGGUGGUCGUAUGGGGUGCUGCUCUGGGAGAUCUUUACCCUGGGAGGGUCCCCGUACCCCGGCAUCCCUGUAGAGGAGCUGUUCAAACUGCUGAAGGAGGGCCACCGCAUGGACAAACCUGCCAACUGCACACAUGAACUAUAUAUGAUCAUGAGGGAGUGCUGGCACGCUGUUCCAUCUCAGAGGCCUACCUUCAGGCAGCUGGUGGAAGACCAUGACAGGGUUCUAUCCAUGACCUCCAUGGACGAUUACCUGGACCUGUCUGUUCCGUUUGAGCAGUACUCUCCAACCUGCCAAGACUCCAGCAGCACCUGUUCCUCAGGAGAUGACUCUGUGUUCUCCCACGACCCCCUCCCCACGACCCCCUCCCUGACCAACUCUGCCCUCCCACGACCCCCUUCUCACGACCCCCUCCCUGAACAACCCUGCCUCCCCAAAAUGAGGGGGGAAUAACCUAGUCAAACUGCUGCAGAUUUACAUGGCAAUCAGGACAUAGAUCUAUAGGUGGGGC